AUGGAUCAGUUUUGGAGGCUCGUAGGACCGCGCAGCAUUGCUGUUGCGUCCGCCUUUUUACUUGUUACUGGUGUGUCCGUGCUCUGGGUUUUUAGCUCAUUGUAUGUUACAGGAUUGUCGACGAUACCACUGAUCGGGGACGAACUUGGAAACGCAGAACAGCGGAGGAAGGGCUUUAUUUCGCAUGCUCAGAAAUUGUACAACAUGGGCUAUGCGAAGUUCAAGAAUAGAACUUGGCGACUGACCGGUACCGACGGAGAUAGGAUUAUAUUACCUCGUCACCUGUUGGAUGAUGUGGGCCGUAUGCCUGACUCCCAUAUCAGUAUUGAAAAGGCUAUAGAGAAGAGUAACGAAAUAAGAUAUACUGGCCUUGGCGGUACGCAGGGCGAGACUGAAUUCCUGAUUCACCUUAUUCGCAGCGAUCUUACACAUGCUUUGAAUCGCAUCAAUCCCCGGCUUGAAGAAGAGAUCGCGCAUGCGACAGUCGAGGAACUAGGACCAUGUGAAGAUUGGACCCGGGCUGUUAUCUAUCAAAAAAUGCUCCGAAUAGUCGCAGUUGCCUCCGGUAACAUCUUCAUAGGCCCAGAUCUUUGCCGAUCGGAAGAGUGGAUCGUGCCAGCUAUUACUUACACUGUCGAUCUUUUCACUGCAAUUGGCAAAUUGAAACAGUGGAGAUGGUGGACACGGCCUAUCGGACAGUACUUCAUUCCUGAAAUAGAAAGUCUGCACCAACACCGUCGCAAGGCCGUCGAGUGGUUGGAACCUGUCGUUGCCAAACGAAGACAGAUGAUGGAGAAGAAGGGAUAUGAAGCGCCUGAUGACAUGCUUCAAUGGAUGAUGAACAAGGGCCAUGAGUUCAACGUGAGCGAUAAUUCAUUGGCGCUAAUCCAGUUGAACCUAAGCUUAGCGGCAAUCCAUACAACGACACUAACAACAACACUGGUACUUUACGAUAUUGUUGCCCAACCCGGCCUUGUGCAGGAGCUCCGAAAUGAAGUCAGAACGGCUAUGGCUAAUCACGGCGAUAAAUUGACAACUCGUGCUCUUCACGACAUGAGGCUACUCGAUAGUGUCAUGAAGGAGUCGCAGAGAACAAACCCUGUGAACCUAGUCCGGUUCAUCCGCAUCGUGGAGAAACCUGUCACUCUCAGUGACGGUACGUAUCUGCCUCCGGGCACCCAUAUCGAAUCGGCACACGCAAGCAUCCUUCAGGACCGCAAUCUAUAUUCCAAUCCUGAGACCUUCGACGGCCACCGCUUUCUCAACCUCCGAAGCGGCGCAACUCCCGACCCUUUGCAAUACAAGAACAAGGAGCAAUAUCAAUUCGUAACCGCUACGAAGGAUUUCAUGUCUUUUGGAUAUGGGCGGCAUGCAUGCCCCGGUCGCUUCUUUGCCGGCAACGAGAUCAAGCUCAUACUAGCCCGGAUCCUGGUAGAUUACGACUUCAAAAUGCCCGAUGGUUUGACAGAGCGAUAUGCCAACUUGAAUACAGGACUUGAUUCGCUGCCGGAUCCAACUAAGGCACUUCUAUUCAAGCGGCUAAACAGCUGA